GUUUGCGCUGUUAACGUGUAACAAAAGCGAGGGGAUGGACCGAACUGUGAGCGGUUGCUUGUAAGAGUGUUCAGUCCACAUCGCACCUACUGUGAUUAACCGGAGCACCGUGAGACAGCUCUCAAUUUACGCACGCGCUUCAAUUCACUGCUGAAGUCCAACCCGGCCAAUAGAGUUCAGCUCGUAUUUCAUAGAGUACAGAGAGAAGCUUGUAGGCUUUUUUGUGUGUGUUUACCGCUGACUGGGCGACCGAGACAGACUGAGACGUAAGGUUAGCCGAAACUGCAGGGAGAGGAAGCGGCAGACAUGGACGAGCAGCCGCGGAUGAUGCACUCUCACGCCGGGGUGGGGAUGGCGGGGCACCCCGGGCUGCCUCAGCACAUGCAGGAGGGUACCGGGGGAGCCGACGGAGACGGCAGGAAACAGGACAUCGGAGACAUUUUACAACAAAUCAUGACCAUUACAGACCAAAGUCUGGACGAAGCGCAGGCCAGGAAGCACGCGCUGAACUGUCACAGGAUGAAGCCCGCGCUCUUUAACGUUCUGUGUGAAAUAAAAGAAAAAACAGUGCUGAGUAUCCGAGGUGCCCAGGAAGAAGAGCCUCCCGAUGCCCAGCUCAUGAGACUGGACAACAUGCUGUUGGCUGAAGGAGUGUCGGGGCCAGAGAAAGGGGGUGGGUCAGCUGCAGCCGCAGCCGCUGCAGCGGCUUCAGGAGGAGCCGGAGCUGAUAACUCAGCUGAACACUCUGAUUAUAGAGCCAAGCUCUCCCAGAUCCGCCAGAUUUACCACACCGAACUGGAGAAAUAUGAACAAUUGAAGGCAUGUAACGAGUUUACCACUCACGUGAUGAACCUGUUGCGAGAGCAGUCGCGCACACGGCCUAUCUCACCCAAAGAGAUCGAGCGCAUGGUCAGCAUCAUCCACCGCAAGUUCAGCUCCAUCCAGAUGCAGCUCAAGCAGAGCACCUGCGAGGCAGUCAUGAUCCUCCGCUCCCGCUUCCUCGAUGCCAGGAGGAAAAGACGAAACUUCAACAAACAGGCCACCGAGAUCCUGAACGAGUACUUCUACUCCCACCUAAGUAAUCCGUAUCCCAGUGAGGAGGCCAAGGAGGAGCUGGCCAAGAAAUGCUCUAUCACUGUCUCCCAGGUGUCUAACUGGUUCGGAAACAAACGAAUCCGGUAUAAGAAGAACAUUGGAAAGUUUCAGGAGGAAGCCAACAUGUAUGCAGCCAGAACUGCAGUGAAUGCGGCCAGCGUGUCAGCUCACGGCAGCCAGGCAAAUUCCCCCUCCACCCCCAACUCAGCAGGUUCUGCUGGCUCUUUUAACAUGUCCAACUCUGGUGAUUUGUUUAUGAGUGUGCAGUCUAUGAAUGGCGAUUCAUACCAGGGGGCUCAAGUGGGAGCCAACGUGCAGUCGCAGGUGGAUACCCUUCGCCAUGUUAUCAGUCAGACAGGAGGAUACAGUGAUGGCCUCACAGCCAACCAGAUGUACAGUCCGCAGGGCAUCAGUGCUAACGGUGGAUGGCAGGAUGCUACUACCCCCUCCUCAGUGACCUCACCCACAGAAGGACCCGGGAGUGUUCACUCUGACACCUCUAACUGAUCCCCUCAUCACCUCACUCCUUCUCCUUCCCUCACUACUGCACAAACCAUGGACUCUCUUUUUGUUCCGUCACUCUCAGUCGUUCAUCACUAGGUUUAAAUAAUGCACUCACUAAGCUGGGUCUCUGUAUUUUAUUUCACCCAAACACACACACACAGAUUUCUGUUCUCAAAUACAGCCCUCAAUUUGUAUUAACCCCUUCAGAUCAUUUUUUUUCUAUCCUCAAUUAUAAUUAACUCUAAUUCUUCUUCAUUAAAUAGUUUUCAGUCUUAAAAAGUAUUUCGAUGCAGCUCCUCAUGGAUUGAAUAAAAAAAAAAUCCUUUAAACAAAAUCUACGAAUGGAGAUGGGGUCUGAAGGGGUUAAUAUGUCCGAUCACACUACCUCUUAGAUAAACAAUAUAAAUAACAAAUCAUAAUAAACUGAUUUCUAAAACAGAAAUGCUGGUGCAUAUAAUGCCCCAUUUUCCAUAUCAAAACCUUAUCACAUUUUUAUCAUGGUAAGAAUUCUUGAACAUUUUCUGUAUCCAUAGUGCCAAAGUAUUUUUCUACAUUUUAACACUCAUGAUUUGCAUGUUCAUUUGACGUGAUCAUAUCUUCAUGUUGUAAUAUAGGGACAUACUGUAUUAUAAAGACAUAUUUUGUAUCUCAGUCUCUCUCUCCAUCAUGUAACUUGAAAUUGAUUUUUAAUUAGGCUAUACAUACAUUGCUUGUCUUUGAUUCCUAAAAACCUCUUUUCUUUAAAAAAACAAAAACAAAAAAAAACAUUUUUGUUGCUUUCUGUGUAUAAUCUCCACCAGUGACAAUGCCGAAAGGCCUUCGCAGAUUAAGAAGUUAAGAUUCACCAGUUUAUUGUGAUUAAAAUCAAAAAACCAACAGCAUCAGUUAUAAGGACGAGCCAAAUGCUGCUGUGAACCAAAAUCCCUUCUGUAAUAAGCUGAAAUAGAUUUGAAAUAAUGCGAACUUUAAAGCUACUGUAUUUUACAGACUAUAAGAUGUUUUUAACCCUCGUGAUGGUGCUCUGAUUUUAGUUUUUGGUUAUGGUUCAAGAUUAGAUGAUUUAUUUGAUGGCAGCAGAAUGGUUAGCAUUGUGACUGAGAGAAGAAUACUUACUGUACAGUCUUGAUUCAUUUUAUGAUUAACUGUAAAACUGUGACAUGAAUAGAGUUUCAUACAGGUAUCUGUUUUAUAUGACUGUAUGGUACACUACCAAUAGCUUGGUGCUAACCUAACAUUUCAACAAGAAGCAGGAAUCAGCAAUAUUAGAGUGCUAACCUACGGCAACACUGACAGGACAAAUGCCACUACUUAAAUGCGGCUUACAAAAUGGAGUUACAUAUUGAGGAGGGUGCAUCUCCAGAGUGGCUUAUAGUCCGGAAAAUACAGUAAAUUUGUCUAUAUGAUUGAUUUAUGGAAUAUUUUUCUUUUUUAGAAAAACAGAAAAUAACACAGAAAACAGCAGAGGUCUUCAUGGCUACAUAGAUCUAACCAGAUUUUUCUAAUAAAUUUGAUGUGUGACUGUUGUGAAGUCACUUUAUCAUUUACAUUUUAUGCCAUUUUUUUAAUCCAAGAACUACUGUAAAUCACCCCAUUGGAGAACAACUUUGCUUUUAGUUUCUGGUCUUUCUUGGUGAUAAUAUCUCACGUAUCUGUCAUUACUUUGAUACCAAAAACAGCAGACAUGUCUAUUUUGUUUAUCAUCAUCAUCAUUUUAACCUAUGUCCACGUUGUAAAUUAUGUACUAUCUUCUGUAUCUGGGCUUGUUUCUUAGCGAAAGCGCCAGUUCUUCGUAUACAAAACCAAAAAUGCAGUCCGAAUUCAGUAGUGUUUGUCGAAAGAAAACAUGGCACAAAAAUGCAGAAAACAUUUGCGUAUAUUUUUACGUCGUCAUGUUGUGAAUAGCCUAACGCGCUUUUCUUUUUAGCUUCAGCUCUGUUACAUUUUUCUUUAUUUUUGUGUGUUCUUGCUUUAGCAUAAUGUGAAUUAGCCCAAGAAUGCGCUAUGUACGUAGAUGUGCACCUUUUUAUUCUUAUUUUGCUCUUUUAAACAGAGUAUAAAAACGAUACAUCUUGUGCUUCAUAUUAGCGUGAACCAGGUCUCUGAUGGGCAGGCUGUGUCUUUAAGAAAUCUUUUAGGAUUUGAUCAACAUAAUAGAUAUGAUAUUCCUAAAGCAAAGUGACAAGGCUGGGGCUUGUGGCCAAUUUAGAAUAAAGUGAAUAACUGCACACUAAUCUUAUCACACUAAAAAAACUCAAGUGUGUUGUGCAUCGCACAUCGAUUAUGAUUCUAUCGUGUUACUUGUAGCAAAUCAACAAAGCUUUUUGUCACAUUAAGCGCUGUAAUUUAUUUAGUUAGAUGCACCAUCCAUCACUAAGCCAUAUCAUGACAUUUUAUAAUGAGCACCCAUUAAGAAAGAGGGCCCUUUAUUUCUGUGUGUCGAGAGUCCAGGACACUUUACUGAUUUCCUGAUCUCUAAUACACCUGCAAAUGGGCCUUUAAAGGGACAGUAUUGCCAAGAAGGAAAAUGUCUUUUUUUUUUUUUUUUUUUUUUUUUUGUCAAAUCGUCUAGCUCUGAUGGACUCUGGACACACAGGGACACUGCUGUUUGGCUACAUGAGUCAGACCGGUCCAGCCAAAACAGCUCCAUCGGCAUAGAUUAUUAUUAUUAUUCUAGCGGUUAUUCUAUUAUUCCCUCGUCAAGAAAGCCUACUAGCAAGUGUUAGUGUAGACUAUUCGCUUAGACGUACCAUCUAAUGCUAAGCUAGAUUCAAUAAUAAACAUCUGUGCUGAUUUGUUCUAACCCAGAGUAUAUAUGGAGUUUGUAUAUAUGGAGUUUAACACACCUUCUAAACCUAGUUGCUAGAUAAUGAGUCGAAUCACUGUGUGUGUUCGAGUUAAAUAAAUAAGUGCUAAACUCCAUCCAUUCACACACAAACACAGUUGGUCAAAUCUGGGUUGAAGAGUGACAUCAUAACCCUGAACCAUCAUUCACACACACAAACACACAUGCACACACACACACACACACACACACACACGCGCGUGUCUCAUCGCCUGCCCAGUUUCAGCGUAUUGUUGAAAGCUUCAUGUAAUGAUGCUUUUAGUUUUUGCAUACGAGGCAAUUUGUAAAACAUCAAAUGUUUACUUUGUUGCAUGUUUUUUGUUCUUUAAAAAAAUCCUGCAGUGUUUUUGAAUGUUUCUUUUUUUUCUCUUCUUUUUUUUAAUAAAUAAACAAAUAAAUAAAUAUAUAUAUAAAUAAAUAUAUAUAUAAAGUGCGGAGACUUUCUCUUGCUGAGUUUUAACUUUUAAGAUCUCUGCACAUGUAUAAAAACCGGAACAACAAAUUAUUGUCUUUUCAGUUCCAAUUUGUUUUUGUGAAGGAAAAAAACUAACAAGGUGUAGGUUUUCUGGUCUCUUAAUUUGUACUGGUAAUGCAUAUUCCAAAUAAAUAGUUUCUUUUGUUGCAAAA